AUGGCAGCUCAGGUGGCCUUACCUCCCUCCAGCGAGGAUGAGGACGAUUUAGGGGCCAAUAUUCGUCUGGUGUUGGAGUCGUUGUCCGUCCUGUCCCGGGGGCCCGGCUGCCGUCUCACCGUCUUCUCGCUCAGUGACUUCACCACAUUUGUCCCCAUGCUGGAUUUGGCUCAGUCCGUCCUCCGGAUCUUCCCGCACCUUCAGCUGCUGUCACUCAGCUACGACCUGGAGAGUCACAGCGAGUGGGAGAGUCCGUGGGGCGGAGCCAUGCAAUUCCCAGAGAACGACUUAAAACAGCUGGAGCUCCGAUUCCCUCAGGACCCCGUCCAGGCGGAGCACUUCCUGUCCGUGCUGAAGACCUCAUCUUCUCUGGAGGAGCUCUCCCUGGAUAACGCCACAUUUACUAGUCAGGACGAUCUGAGGCGCGUUCUGCAAGUGAUUACAGACAGUAACGCUGCUCUGCGGAGGUUGAGUUUCCAUGAUAUGAAGAUGGCAGACGCUCACACGGAAAUCGUGCACUUACUGAACCAUUCCAGACUCGAAGAAAUUAAAUUCUCCUUUUGCCGUCUCUUUGAGAAUGAGCCGGAUGAUUUCCUGAGGGACUUUGUCUCCGCUGUGAAGAGGAAUCCGUCCGUCAAGAUCCUGAAGCUUUGCGGGAACCGUCUUGGGAAUGAUGGGCUGUGUGCACUGGCCGACCUCUUCUCUAGCUCCUCCUCUGGUAUUCAUUAUCUCGACGUCAGCUCCAAUUGCAUUAAGCCAGACGGGCUCCUGCAGUUUGCUAAGAAGCUGGAGGGCUGUGGGAAGAUAAAGCUGCGGCAGCUGUCAGUGUCCCAAAACCUGCUGGACCGGGACCCUGUCCUCGCCCACGAGGCACUGCAGUCUCUGGAGGGCAUCUGCUGUGUGGUCAGUGACAGCUGGGACUCGGGCCAAGCCUUUGCUGAUCACGUCAGUGUCAUGUGAUGUAUGAUCAAUGGGGGGGGAGGGCGCAACUGGAGGACGGGUGUAGUGUCCAGUUCUACUAGUGGACGCCAGAUGGCGCUGACAUUACAAUUUGAGGUUGAGCUUCCCCCAUAAUGUUGUUUAUGUCCAGGACUGGUCCCUGAAUGGUACCAAUGGGGUCUGCACAUCACCCACUGCAGCCAGGAUCAGACUGGGAUCUAGAAAUGGAACAUCAUCGCUGGGGGCCGCAGGGGAUCAGUCAGUGCCAGGAUCAGCGGGGUGGGAAAUCAGACAGCGUCGAGGGUCACGCUGACACUAUUGAUUAUCCUCAAUAGACUUGGCACCUCCUGGACUAUGAAAGACGCUUGGUGUCCUCUGCCGCCCCCUUCAGGGGGGGAAAAAAUCAUUUUUACUCUCAUAACCAGCAUGUGCCAUGGCGAUCCCAAUAUACCUCUGUUACUGUGGGGGAGGGGGGACAGGUGCAGAUGGGGCAUAGAGACGACUCUACUACAUUAACAAGGUUUGGGGGUCUCUACAUCCUCUGCUCACAAUACAGGAAAUGUUUUACGACCAAUUUAUUAUAAUAACGAGACCUGUGCAUCUCUAUGGCAAUGACUAGAGAUGAGCGAACUUACAGUAAAUUCGAUUCAUUACGAACUUCUCAGCUCAGCAAUUGAUGACUUUUCCUGCAUAAAUUAGUUCAGCCUUCAGGUGCUCCGGUGGGCUGGAAAAGGUGGAUACAUUCCUAGGAAAGAGUCUCCAGCCCACCGGAGCACCGGAAAGCUGAACUAAUUUAUGCAGGAAAAGUCAGCAACCGCCGAGUCGAGAAGUUCGUGAGGAAUCGAAUUUACUGUAAGUCGCUCAUCUCUAGCAAUGACUGCAAACAACCAUGUGUUGUCAGAUAUGGCUCCAGAGUCAGCACAGGUGCUGCGUACAAUGAACCAGAUAAUUAUUUUGGAUUCUUUGUAAUGGUUGCGAGCUCUCACCCCACCCCCAUGAUCUCUGCACCUGCCCCUCCCCUCAGACUCUGCUUUGUAAAUAUAUUUUUCAGAUCUGAUUUGCUUUAUGUUAAUGUUGGAAAAAGACGACACUAAUAAAGAUGAUUACCAUU